CAUUAUUUAUCUCUCAAGAAACCUUUUGGGCUUUUGCACUAUUAAGAGGGGCAAACAUGUAAGAGCCAUGUCUUCGAGGCACAUGAAUGCAAUAGCUCCAGAUUGAACUGAGGAUUUGCGUUUAGCGACGACCCAAAAUUGGGGCCGAAACCCAGCAAUGCAAAUCCAGGCCCCGUCGAUCCCAAUCCCCCGAAUUCCCGCAAGCCGGAACCCUAAUCCCUCCCAGAUCCCAUCGCCAGCCCCAAUGCUCCCUGCUGGCGACGGCCCGUCGGCCGCCGUCGCUGCCAUCUCCUUCCCCGACGCGGACGGCGAUGGCUACUCCGAAGACGGCGACUUCACCGACGCCCAGUUCCUCGAGCCGCCCGAUCCGGGCCUCCUCGACCCCACCUCCUCCUCCGCCACCGCCCUGCUCCCCGCCGCCGGCUCGGCGGGCGGGAGCGGCGGUGGCGGCGGCGGCCUAGCCUCGUCCGGCGGCGGCGAGCGGCGGCCCCUCUUCCAGCGCCUCUGGACGGAGGAGGACGAGAUCGUGAUCCUCCGCGGGUUCGCGGAGUUCACCGCCGCCCGUGGCACGGCGUUCGCGUCGCACCAGUACGACACGGACCCGUUCUACGAGGACAUGCGCCGCCGCCUCCAGCUCGACUUCUCCAAGAGCCAGCUCGUGGAGAAGCUCCGCCGCCUCAAGCGCAAGUACCGCAACUGCGUCUCCCGCCUCCGCUCCGGCGGCACUUUCUCCUUCCGCUCCCCGCAUGAGCAGGCCAUCUUCGAGAUCGCGCGCACCAUCUGGCACCACACCACGAAUAAGCACGGCCGGGAUCCCUCGGCCGACUCCGACGACGAAGAGGCCGCCGUUGCCGCCGCCGCAGCGGUCGCUGCCACAGCCGCCCCUGCGAACAACACCAGCCCCAAUGGUGAAGUCAAGUCCCCCUCAGGCCGGCAACGGCGCCGCAGGCGCUCGUCGGAAUACGCCACUCCAACGACCCCUGCAGCCACCAUUUUAGUGCAGCCCCCUCAGCCAGUGCAGGUGCCUGUGUCAGUGCCUGUCAAGAUGGAUGGCUCGUUGCCAGCACUUCAACAGACUCCAAUGCCUGUGACAGUGACCAUGGAAGGCUCAGAGCCUCACAGGUUUCCAGUCACGUCACCUCAGUCAGGUGUUUUUGAUGCUGAGAAGAAUUGUCUGAUGCCUCUGUUUAAGGAGAUGAUACAUGCAGUCAUAAAUAUUGGAUCCAAUCCUUUUGGUGCCAAACUGCCCGAGCCGCCGCUCAGGUUGCCCAUGGAAGGGGAGAGAUGGAGAAAUCAGCGCAUUCUGGAAUUGGAGGUGUACUUGAAGAGGAUCGAACUGCUGCAGGAGCAGGUGAAGGCGACGCUUGAGGAGCUCAAAUCUUCCGCACCUGGGACUUGAGGCAUAUAGAUUAGUAACUGAUAAGGUGUCUUUCGUUAUAGGCUCUUGCUACAAUUCUGAGGGUAGCUGUUUAGGUGUUUUCUUUUUGCAGAUUUUCGUCCAUAAAAAGAAUAUUGUUAGCAUGGCUGGGGCUUGGAGCUAGCUGAUUUAUGGUUCUAAUUGUUCAUGUGAUAUUUAGCCCUGGCUUAUUGCUUUAUAUGGUAGGUACAUUGUUCUCUGUUUUUGUGGAAGUGUUAUGGUUUGAGUCUUUUAGCAGCCACUAAGGUUUUGUGAAAGCUCGAACACUUUCAAUUGAUUUAUUAGGAUGACAAAUUUCUUGUAAUUUCACCCCUUUUACUACUUUCUAUCAUGUGUCAUGUCAUGGAGUUCUAGCAUUGAUUUAAA